UACUUAAUAUAUUUCCAGGAUUUCUUGACCAUAAUAUAUUUAUUUCCCUUUUUAAUAGGCAUGAAAAUGACUUCUGCAAACUUGGCAACAGGAAUAUUUCUCUUCUCCCAGAUUGCAAUGGGAAUGAUUGGCAAUUCCUCAAUACUAUUUUAUUAUAUCAUUUUGAUAUUCACUGGCAAGCAUUUAAUGCCGAAAGACCAGAUUAUAGAGCACCUGACAUUUGCCAACUGUUUGUCUAUCAUCUCAAAAGGCAUUCCACAGACUCUGUCAGAUUUGGGAUUUAAGGAUUUCCUAGAUGAUAUUGGAUGUAAACUGAUAAUGUUUAUUUACCGAAUAGUGAGGGGGAUGUCCCUCUAUGCCAUGUGCCUAUUGAGUUGCUUCCAAGCAAUCACAAUCAGCCCCAGGAACUCCAGGUGGAUGAUGCUUAAACACAGAGCCACAAAGUACAUUGGUCCCUCCUGCUUAGUCAGUUGGCUUCUGCACCUGCUUCUAAACAUCACAACUCCAGUAAAAGUGACAGGCCCCAUUUGUAGCAAAAAUGUGACAAACAUGAUGAGUUAUGGUUACUGCUCAUGGUUCACUUCCAACAGUGUUGCCAGUGCAUUGUAUAUGUUCUUAUUGUGCUUCUGUGAUGGCCUGUGUCUGAGUCUCAUGGCAUGCUCAAGUGUUUCCAUGGUGAAUAUCCUCUACAGACAUAAGAGACAAGUCAAACAUAUCCACAGUGCUCAACAUUUUCUGAAAGUCUUGCCUGAGGACAGAGCCACCCUAAUUAUUCUUAUCCUAGUAUGCACAUUUGUCAUUUCUUACUUCAUCUCUUCUAUUCGUGUAAUCCUUACCACAUUCUCUGUGGGAUCAGUGCUAUGGAGAGUGAGUUUAUUUAUAUUUCUAGAAAUAUGCUUUCCCAUAUUUUGCCCCUUUGUUCUCAUCUGCAAUAUCAAGUGUAAUUUCCAACUGUUUUUACCCUGCUGUUGUAAGUGAUAGCUCUCUCCAAAUACCACUUAAUAUAUGCUCAUUUUCUUAUACACUGCUAUAUUAUAUUCUUUUAACAAAUGUACAUCAGUAAGACUACAGUUUGAAAUUUUCAAUCAUCUUUUAACUGACUCCUCUCGACAUGUGUUUUGAUUACUAUUUGUUUUAUCAUAGUUUAUUUUUUACAGAACUUAUUAUCCAAUAAUGAGCAAAUUUCAAAUAUAUUGAAUCACCACAAUAUACAAGCUAUUUUGUAAUAUUUCACAAAACAUAGGAGUACCUAAAAAAUACAUCUGGGACCAGAUCUCAUCUGUAGCCUAUAGAAUCAAGUAAUGAUUUCUUGACACAUCUCUCUCUCUCUCUCUC